AUGUCGGUGUUGGUGAACGGUAGCACAACAAAGGAGUUUGAGGUUAAAAGAGGUUUGAGACAAGGAGAUCCUCUUUCUCCUUUUCUUUAUGUCAUUGUAGCGGAAGGUCUCAAGGGGUUAGUGAAUAAAGCGGUGGAAAAUAGGAAUUUCUUAGGUUUCAACAUAAAUGGGAAGUGCAACAUUGAUAUUCACCAAUUUGCGAAUGAUACUUUGUCGGUUGGCGAAGGAAGUUGGAAUCAUAUUUGGGCAAUCAAUCGGUUGGAGGAUAAAAAAAUCACUUUUCUUGGCAUUCUUAGUGGGGCGAAUCCGAGGAGGUUGGAAUCUUGGAGAGGCCUUGUGAACAAAUUAAAAAAAAGAUUGUCUUCUUGGAAGGGGCAUUUUCUUAGUUUUGGUGGAAGGAUUACCCUCCUAAAGUCGGUGUUGAGUAGUCUUGCAAUUUUCACUCUUUCUUUCUAUAAAUCUCCGAUUGGAAUCAUUAAGGAGAUUACUAGGAUCCAAAGUAAUUUCCUUUGGGGUGGUUCGGAGGAAUUGAGAAAGAUCCAUUGGGUGAGUUGGAAAGCGCUUUGUCUUCCCGUCGAAAAAGGUGGCCUUGGUUUUAGAAGAGUGGGAGUCGUUAAUGAAGAUCUUUUGAAUAAAUGGAGGUGGAGGAUUCUAGAUGAGGAAAAAGCAUUGUGGUAUAAAGUGUUGAAGGCUCGGUAUGGAGAUAUUAAUUUGUUGGUAGCAAAUGGUGAGAGAGGAGGCAAGAGUAGAAUUGCUAAAUCGGCUUGGUGGAAGGAUAUUAUAUCUUUGGUGAAAGAAGCUUCGGAAGACAUUUUUGCAAAGAAGGAGACUUUCAUUGUAAGUAAUGGCUUUUCGGUCUCUUUUUGGCUUUCUUCUUGGCUUCCUUGUGGUUGUCUUCGGGAUCUUUUCCCCUCGUUAUUUUCUUUGUCCCGUUUGAAGGAGGCUUCGUUGGGGAGCAUGGGUGGUUGGAUGAAUGAGGUUAGAGAGUGGGGUGAUUUGGGAAUUUCUUAUCAAAACAUCCCCGGAUUUACGGAAGCGAUGUUUUCUUUGCGGGAAAUUUUGCUUUCUUUUUCUCCGCUUUUGGAAGGGAAAUACAAGGUUGUUUGGAAGAAUGAAGUGUAA